AACCGCUAACGCUAGUUAAAACCCAAUGCUGAAUUUAGCGGCGCCUUUACUCCCGGUAUUACGGUUACAACACAUCGACGUGCGCCGCGGUCGCAAAAGAACAUGGUAAGAACCGUGCUGUGUUUUGAUGGAGAACAGAGUGGAUCGUUUCACUCGAGCUGUGGACAGACGUCUGAACAUCGGGGCCAGCGUUGUUACAUACAGUUAUGCAGUCGCGUCAGCGGACAGCCUAGCACUCGGUAGCGGUAGCAUUGUGCUAGUGAUGUAAGAAGCGUUAGCUGGACGCUUGGACAGAAACAGCCAGUCGUGACAGAGGCAGCGGUCUGCUCCGCCGGUGUUUGGACCUGCUUUGUGUGCAGCAGUCGGCCAGUGCGCAGCUCAUCUGGAAUGCAUCUCUCCAAGAAAUGUUCCGUCUUCAAAGUGGUGCUGAGUGCUCUGCUGAUAGUGGCGCUGCUGCAGCUCAUAUACCUGUCCUUCCUGUCCAAGUUCCACGGUAAGCAGCAGCGGUACCGCUACUCGGAGCUCUUCGGAGGGUCUGCGUCCAAGAAGAAUGCGCCUCCCGAGAAAAACUCCCGGAAGGAGCGCCUGAGAUACUCUCUGUCCACGGGCGGGAUCUUCGAUAACAGUGGUCAGUACCGGAUCUACAAGAAUCUGAUCAAAAGCGACUUCACUACAAACCAGAGACCUGGAUCCGACCCCAGCUCCAACGUGGUGGCUUUAGCCACACACACGACGAUCAACAACCUGCAUCACCUGGAGUCUCUCCUGGAGAGAUGGCAGAACCCGCUCUCUGUGGCCAUAUUCGCACACGGGCAGGACGUCAAAUUUGCCACCGCUCUGGUCUAUGCACUCAGCUUCUUCUGCCCUCAGGUCCAAGCCCUGGUGGACUUCCACCUGGUCUGCCUCUCGGGAGAGAUGGCCAGUUUCCCUGAGCAGGACCGUGAGCACUUCUUGGGGCUUGAAGACUGUGCCUCUGUGUUCACCAGGCUGGAAACCCACAGGGAUAAGUACAAGAACUAUGACAUCAGCGGCAACAUCUCCUACCCCAACAACCUGCUUCGUAACGUGGCCCGAGGCGGCACCGAGUCCGCCUACAUCCUGGUCAUCGACAUCGACAUGAUGCCGAGUGCCGAGCUGCACCAGCAGUUCUGGGCCAUGAUCGGGAAGCGCCAGCAGGCCAGCGACGAGGUGUUUGUGUUGCCCGCCUUUGAGAUCCGCCACGCCAGGAAGACGCCUGCCACCAAGGCCGAGCUGGUUCAGCUCUACCAGGUGGGGGAGGUCCGGCCAUUUUACGAAGAGCUGUGUCCCCGCUGCCAGGCCCCCACAAACUACUCGCAGUGGGUCAACAGCCACGUCAGGGAGACGGGGACCCUGGAGGUCACCUACACGCUCACCUGGGUGGACCCCUGGGAGCCUUUUUACAUCGGGCCCCGCACAGUGCCCCUGUAUGACGAGAACUUCAAGCAGUACGGCUUCAAUCGCAUCAGCCAGGCCUGCGAGCUCCAUGUGGCCGGAUACAAGUUCUCUGUGCUGAGCUCAGCCUUUGUGGUGCACCGUGGCUUCAAAAUCCAGGGGGAGUUCCACGCCCGGAAGGACGAGGAGAACAAACGCAACCGGGUUCUGUUUCGCAACUUCAAAGAGGGGCUGAAAACCAAAUACCCGUCCUCCACGCGCCGAUGCUGAAUGAGCAGCAGGAGUCGGCAUCCUGCCUGUAUCACUCCUACAGUACAUGAAGUCAGUGUGCUCUGGAAAUGACUUGUUUUGCUUGUUUUAACGAGGUUGCGCUUUAGCCUACAGUCAGCCUCUCCCGGUCCAAAACGUCCUUUUGAUUUCUUGUGACGGUGACACCGUAGGAGUUUUAGAGAACCCAACUCUUUCAGAUCUCUCUCUAAAGGUGAGAAGCAGGGAAACAAAGGUCUCAGGAGGAUUUCAGCCUCCUGCAUGUGGGCACCGAAAACAAGAAACCAUCAUUCAGUGGAGAGCGACUGCAACUCUUGUGAUCUUUUUAAUCAAACGCUAAUUUAAAUCUAGAUGACGAGUGGACUCACGUGUUCUAUAAUAAUAGGUUUUAUGCUCAUCCAGAUACAAAAAUAAAUGCAAAAUGCGACAGGACAAAAACUCGCAACACAUGCAAAGAAACCAAGAAUAAACUGGAAACUCUAAACUGUAUGUGACAUCAAACCUGGGACUGUGUAAUACAUAAAUUAUCACGGAGCAUUUCAUGGUAGCUGAACUGUCGUCACAUCUGUUUAAUAUUACAUGUGGUUCAUAUUAAGAGAAGGAGGACGCAACUUCACAAACCUUUGCC